UCUUUUCAAGUUGUUUUGGUCUCUGGUGGCUCUCUGUCUUUUGUCAUGAUGAACUAUGGAAAUAUCUCCUCUGCUGAUCAAUGGUUUCAGGUUUGAAAGAAUUAGAACCGUAUCUCUGAACUCUGACACUUAAAUAACAUUAGAGAACUUUGCACCGCAAAGCUUUUUUAAUGAUGAUGGUUUUUUUUUUUUUCACUCAGGCUGGCUAUAACACAAUAGACUCAACAAAUAAUUUUUCAAUCCCUGUGCCUGAUGAAAAUACGCUGUCCAACUCCAGCAAUGUCAAUGUCCCGGGACGCUGGGUAUUCCGCGUUGAUGGUGGACCUGAAGAGGGAAUUUUUUACCCAUAUGGAGAUGAGGAUAUAAAGAAUCCUGCAGAGGAUUUUGGAAGUUCUCCACUGAUCACCCUGGAGCAGCCAUUUGUCUACUUUGGGCUUGUUUAUAAUCAACUAUAUGUGAAUAACAAGGGGUACUUGACUUUUGAAGGACCUUUUCACCAGUGGUAUCCCGAUAAUUUUCCUGCAUACUCGACUAGAGACAUCAUCGCUCCACUGUGGACAGACAUUGACAUUACACACAAAGGAAUCAUCUCUUACCGACAAGUAACAGAUGGUCAUCUCUUGAAUCGGGCCUCUAGAGACAUAAACCAAUAUUACCCCAACUUGAACUUCUCUGCCUCGUGGGCUUUCAUUGUAACAUGGGAUAGAGUACCGUACUAUGGAUACAGGUGGACAGAGUCGACCUUUCAAGUGGUUUUGGUGUCUGGCAAAAACAUGUCAUUCACACUCAUGCACUUUGGUAAUAUUGCCCCAGCCAUACAUCCUGUUAUGUCUGGAUAUGACACAAGUGAUUCAACUGAUUUCUUUACAAUUCCCGUCUCUGACACCACAAACCUGUCAUACACAAGCAAUGUCAACGUCAUGGGUCGAUGGAUAUUUCGAACUGACACUGCAUCAGAACACAAUGGACUGUUCUAUCCAUUUAGGAAUGGGCACAAACUUCAACAGUAUUAUGGAUUUGGAUUUUUUGGAUUUCCCAUCAGUCUCUAUUUGCAGACACCAUUUACUUACUUCGGGAUCACAUACAACUAUAUUUAUGUUUACAAAAAUGGAUUUCUUACCUUCAAAUGGCCAUUGUUUCCAUCAAGUCCACAAACUCUUCCAGCUUACACAAAUAGAAACAUUGUUGCUCCACUAUGGACAGAUAUUGACAACAGUGACUUUUACUUCCAAGAAUUCAGUGGCGUCCGAGUACUACAACAAGCUACAAAUGAUAUACGUCAAUAUUUUCCUCAAACAAAUUUCACUGCCGACUCAGUUUUUGUUUGUACUUGGGAUAAUGUGAGAUAUUAUAACACUUCAGCAGAGAAUUCCUCUUUUCAAGUACUGCUGAUCUCAGGAUCUGGUUUGUCAUUUAUUGUAUUUAAUUAUGGCAGUAUUCCACAAACUGAGCAUACUGCAGUGGCUGGAUAUGACACUGUUGAUUCGACCAGCUAUUAUACAAUUCCUGUGUCUAACAUCGCUAAUCUGACCCACUCCACGAAUGUUAAUGUUAUGGGCCGUUGGGCUUUUCGUGUUGACACUUUGCCAACAAAACUUGGUUUGUUUUAUCCAGCUGGCUCUUCGGUCUCUCAGAAUCUCUGUCAAAGUAAUGCAAGCUCACCAGCUCGUGAACUUGCAGUAUCCUUUCUUGUACUUUGGACGCAAAUACCAGAACAUAUAUGUCAACAAUAAUGGACAUUUGACUUUUGAUGGACCAUUUUAUGAAAGACUGCCCAAGGCUUUCCCUGCCAACUCUACUAGAGACAUUAUAGCUCCACUCUGGGCAAUGUUUGACUGUAGUGUCAGUGGAAGAAUCUCCUACCGGUUAGUAACUCAGGGCCGUAUUCUGGACCAGGCGAGAAAUGAUGUCCAACAGUAUUUCCCUCAGUUUGGGUUCUCAGUACAUACAGUCCUCAUUGCUACUUGGGAUAGAGUGCCCUACGUGCAACAGCUCU